AAGUGUCAUUUAAGUGGAUCCUCCAGUCAUGGCUGAGGAACCUGCAUCAGAAGUCCAGCUGCUAAAACGCCAGAAGGCAAAACUUAUAGAGAUACUUAGUGCAGAUGCAGAUUUUGUUCUGCAGCACGCAGACGCUCGCUCUCUGCUGUCUCCUCACGGCUAUCAACAAGUCAAAUGUUGCCGGAAUCCCAGUGAGAAGGUGACAGACCUUUUGGAUCAUAUCAUCCAGAGAGGGCCUGAAACAGCUCGUGGACUAUUAGAGCUGCUGAAGGAAAGAGACCUGCUGGAGACUUUCCCACAGCUACAUGAUUUUAAAGAUUUGCGAGUCGAAACUCCAUGUUCAGGGGAGCAGGACAUAUCAAGAAAAAGAAGAAAAGAUCCUGAUUUACAGGUUAUGGUUCCACCCAAACAGAUCUGCAGCAAUGACCGGGGUUUGGUCAGGGAGAAGCAGCUGAUGUCCGUGGCCCGUCACAUCGGCAAGUCUUGGAGGGAGAUUGGCAGGCUGGCCCUGGGCAUCCCGUCUGUGAAGCUGGAGCAGAUUGAAGAGGACCACUCAAUCCAUGUGGAGCGAGUCUUUGCCAUGCUGCGCUGCUGGCGAACACGCCAGAGAGAAAAAGCCACCGCUGCUCACCUGCACUCCCUCCUCAGCCAAGAAGACUUGGAGUUGCCCCCCGAGACAAAUGGACUCAGUAUGGAACCAACUCUCCAUGACCUGAGUGAGCCUCUUGUUGACCAUGCAGAGGGCCAGCUCUUCUUAAAUGAAGCCUUCAAAAUUAUUGUGGAGGAUGUGCUCUGCAAAGGCACAGAUGUCAAGCAAAAGGUGUGUGAGUGGAAAGACCCCGAUGAGCUGGCUCUGCUGCUGGAUCUCCAGCUGAGAGACUCCGGGGAGCCACAAGGCAGGCUCUUACAGAGAGUAAGAGAUGUCGCCAAAUACAGCGUAAAGACAACUCAUCCGCAUUUCUUCAAUCAGCAGUAUGGUGGCGUUGACUAUCAUUCCUUGGCUGGACGUUUCCUUUCUGAGGCUCUCAACACCAACCUCUUCACCUAUGAAGUGGCACCAGUUUUUGUACUGAUAGAGACUGAGGUUUUAAAGGCAUUACGUCUGCUUGUGGGCUGGACAGAAGGUGAUGGUUUAUUCUGCCCUGGAGGGUCCAGCUCAAACAUGUAUGCCAUGAACCUGGCACGCUACAGUUUCUUCCCACAAGUCAAACGUCAGGGGUUGUGCGGUCUCCCGCAACUGACUGUCUUUACAUCAAAGGAGAGCCACUACUCUGUGCAGAAAGGGGCCGCAUUUCUGGGCCUUGGGCUAGACAAUGUCAUCGUGGUGGAAGUGGACGAUGGAGGCAGAAUGAUUCCUGAGGACCUGGAAGAAAAAAUAAAGCUGUCCAAAUCUCAGGGUGCAGUCCCAUUCCUUGUCAGCUGCACCGCAGGCACCACGGUGCAGGGUGCCUUUGACCCACUGGACAGUAUAGCUGAUGUUUGUGAGAAACACAAACUCUGGAUGCACAUUGACGCUGCAUGGGGAGGUAGUGUGCUCUUUUCCAAGCAACACAAGCAUCUCAUGAAAGGAGCUGAAAGAGCUAAUUCAGUUUCUUGGAAUCCACAUAAGAUGCUGGUGGCUGGCCUGCAAUGCUCUGUCUUGCUGCUGAAAGAUACCACGAACUUACUGAAGCAAUGCCACGGUGCCAACGCCUCGUACCUUUUUCAGCAAGACAAAUUCUACGAUGUGAAUCUGGACAUCGGAGAUAAGUCUGUCCAGUGCAGUCGGAAGGUGGAUUGUGUGAAGUUUUGGUUAAUGUGGAAAGCUAUUGGCUCAAGUGGCUUGGAAGAGCGCGUUGACAAAGCUUUCCUCCAUGUGAGGUAUUUGGUGGCGCAGAUGAAAAAGAGGGAUGGGUUCCUUCUUUUGAGAGAGCCGCAGUUUGUAAAUGUGUGCUUCUGGUUCAUACCACCAAGUCUGAGAGGGAAGGAGGGAAGUGCAGAUUAUGAGAAAAGGCUGGCAAAAGUGGCUCCGAUCAUUAAAGAACGAAUGAUGAAACAAGGCACCAUGAUGGUGGGCUAUCAACCUCUUGGAAACAAAGUCAACUUCUUCCGCAUGACUGCAUUUUCUCCGCUCAUUUCCAAUAAAGACAUGGACUUCUUUCUCAAUGAAAUCGAAAGGCUGGGAAAAGAUUUGUAAUCAAAAUAACAGUUUUUCCCAUGUAAACACAUUGCCCAUGAUUAAUUUUAAGAUUGCAUGCAAUCAACCAAUGACGGUUAUCAGAAUCAAAAUGGUCUUUUUAGGUAUAGUUCAGGAGCAUUUCCAGAAAUGCAUGUACCUUCUUUUUCUGGCAUUGUAGGUUUUUACUAUUUCACCUCAUGAAGUAUUCAUAUAGAUAUUUUUUGUGAAUGCCUUUCCUGUCAUUAUGUAUCUAUUCAUCCAUCCAUUAUCACAACCGCUUAUUCCCAGUUGGGGUCGCGGGUCAUUCUGUAUCACCUUUCACAAUUAAUAAGAAGAAUAAAAUAAAUCUACAUUGCAUUUGAUCGGUCAGAUGUUCAUGGAGGUUUUGAGUUCAAAUUUAUAUUCAUUGUUGAGUAAAGAAGUAUUUUAAAAAC